AUGGCUACCACCUCUUCAGCCGACACUGCGACGAACGGUGACAGGAACUUACAUAGCUCCCCGACCAAUGGUAAUACCUCCGCCGAACUCGAGAAAGCCACUACGCACAUGACUGCCGACGAGCGCAAUGCUGCCGUGCAUGCCGCACGCUUCGGUUACGGACCUCUCGCACAUUUGAAGUCUCAAGCCGAGUCGAUGCUUCCAGCCUUUGGUGGUGAAUUUCAGCCUGGUCUGUAUAAGCCCGUUGAAGGUCGCAAAUUCGCCAACCCUGCGCCUCUCGGCCUGUCCGCUUUCGCGCUCACGACGUUCGUCUUGUCGCUCAUCAACCUUGGCACAUUGGGCCUCAGCUCGCCAACGAUUAUCAUCUCGCUUGCGUUCGGGUACGGCGGGCUUGUCCAGUUGCUUGCUGGCAUGUGGGAGAUGGCUGUCGGGAACACAUUUGGUGCCACCGCUCUUUCUUCGUACGGAGGCUUCUGGAUCUCCUUCGCCAUCAUUCUCACUCCAGGCGGCUUCGAGAUCGAGUCAACUCUCGAAACAGCCGAAGGCGCAUCUGGCUUGCUCAACAAUCUUGGCUUGUACCUGAUGGGCUGGUUCAUCUUCACUUUCGUCCUCCUGAUCUGCACCCUCAAAUCUACCGUCGCGUUCUUCUUCCUCUUCUUCACCCUCGACAUGGCAUUCUUGCUUCUGGGCAUCGGCUAUCUCCAGAACUCGGGUGGGGCACCCAACACGGGCUGCAUCCGUGCCGGCGGCGCCUUCGGUAUCCUGGCUGCGUUUGCUGCGUGGUAUAAUGCACUGGCCGGUAUCGCGGAUACGAGCAACAGCUUCUUCAUCAUUCCCGUGGUGCACUUCCCGUGGAGUGAGACUGGGCGACAGAGGAGAGGACGCAAGACUAAGGGCGAGCACCAGGCUUAA